UGAUCAAGAAAAUUAUGGCCUUUGAAAAUUUUGAUGAAGAAUCGGUCUUCAAGCAGCCAUGUCCACUUUCAAGUCUUCGUUCCUAUCUCACGAAAUUUCCAAGUCUUCUUCAAUUAUCAACCGAGUCCAAUCAAACUCCAUUAUUUUAUUUCUAUUCUUCAAUCUUUCUCCACCAUUUCCAAUUUCUUUAGAUAAUGGCAAGUUUCCACACUACAAGAUAACACAUUUUCUACUCCCCCUGUUGAAACAGACAAUGGGUCUUCGUCAAUAAAUGAUUCAUCUGUUGCCCUUCCGAUUUCAAGCUUAAAAGCAAAAUUCUCCGAUUUUGAGGAGUGAGUGUUACUUCAGUCGAUAUGACUAGCGUUUUGAGGAAUUUUUGGCCUGGUGCUUCCUCGUCGAAGAACGACGAUCACGACGAUGAGUACAGCGUGGAGUACUCCUUCGCGGUGGAGUACAGCGGCCCUCCGCUCAGCCACGAGAUUCCUCAAGUGGUUCCGGUGGAUGUCCGCCGCAUUCCUACGGCGGCGGUGGCUGCCAAUGCCGUGAUAAUACGCAAUCUCGCCAUACCAGUUCUUCAGCCAAUUGGAAGAAAAUCCGAUAAAUCUGGCAAUAAUUCGUCAAUUGAGCGGAAAUUGAGUACUGGCUCACGUGUUGGUGAAUCUGUGAGGGAUAGAGGGGUUUAUUCGAGUAAAUUGGAGAGCUUUUCGGAGAAGGAAGGUGUGUUGGAAGGGAGAUCAGUUGAUGCACACAACGUGUUCGGUGAAAGUUCCAGCAGCUCUGGCACUAUGGGGUUCUCGGAUGGCCGUGAUGAUUCCAAUCAGCUGUCAGGGAGCUCGGAUUGUGAGGAGAUGGAGGAGGAGAACAAGGCCAAUGUGUCGAAUGAUGACCUCUCGGAGACCACCACGUGCAAUUCAAUCGAAGAACUGGAAGAAGAAUGUGAGGCAGAAGCUUCGGGUGCAGCCAGCAGAGCACCGGUUGUGACAUUCCGUGAUCUGUCUUUGACUGAUUCUGCGUCCGAGGAGAGUGAUCAAGACGAGGCUGCAAUGUCACCAGAGAGGCCUGGGUUGGUGGAGGAUGUGAAGGGGCUGUGCCACAGGUGCUGCAGGAAAGAACGGUUUGCAGAUAGGGAGGUUUGCAUCGUGUGCAAUGCGAAGUAUUGCAGCAGGUGUGUACUGAGAGCAAUGGGGUCAAUGCCGGAAGGGAGGAAGUGCAAUCCCUGCAUUGGUCACCGUAUUCAUGAGCCGAAGAGGGGAACGCUUGGGAAGAGUUCAAGAAUGAUGAAAAAGAUGCUGACACGCGAUGCUGUUAAGAAGAUCAUGAGCGCGGAGCUGUCAUGCCCGGUUAACCAGCUGCCGCCUCAUCUGAUCUAUGUGAACGACAAGCCAUUGUCGAUUGAAGAGCUGGUUACGCUGCAGAGCUGCUCGAAUCCUCCCAAGAAGCUUAGACCUGGUAGAUAUUGGUACGACAAGGUGUCUGGAUUUUGGGGAAAGGAAGGAGAACCACCAUGCCAGAUUAUCAGUCCCCUGCUGCAGACUGGUUAUCAGAUUAGGCGAGAUGUUAGCAAUGGUGCAACAAACGUGCUGAUCAAUGGUCGGGAGAUAACCAAUCGCGAGCUCUGGCUGUUAUGGGCUGCUGGAAUCCGCUACGAGGGCGAGCCUCACUUUUGGAUCAGUGCUGAUGGAUCCUGUAAGCUUGAAGGCAUGAAUAAUGUGAUUGCAAAAUUAUGGGAAAAGAAACAAGCCAAGAUGUUAUGCAUGGCUCUAUCUUUGCCACUUCCUUCUAGUAGGGCUAAUCCUGCUGGCGAAGACUCCGUCAGAGAGAGGGAAAAUGUUGCAAUGAGGAUAGAACGGAGCAUGAUGUAUAAACUUCUCCUUGUAGGCUGUGAUCAGUCUGGAACGAGUACGAUAUUCAAACAGGCGAAAAUUCUGUACAAUGUCCCCUUUUCAGAAGAUGAGAAGCAAAACAUCAAAAACAUGAUCCAAAGAAAUUUAUAUAGAUACAUUAGCAUUCUUCUUGAGGGGCGCGAGCAUUUCAGAGAAGAAGAUGCAAUGGAUUUAAGAAGGCGACGUGCUGACAAGCCUGGUCCUUCAGUAGUGAAAGAGGAAUCUGACCACGUAGAUGAGAAGAAUGCUUAUUCGUUCAGUCGAAAUCUGGAAAAUUUCUCGAGUUGGCUACAGCAAAUCACGAUGACAGGCAACUUAGAGGCUAUAUUUCCAGCUGCUACUCGAGAGUAUUCACCUCUAGUAGAGGAGCUAUGGAAAGACAAAGCUUUUCAAGCCAUUUACAAACGGAGGAAUGAGCUGCCUAUGCUGCCUAGAGUUGCUAACUACUUCUUAGAUAGAGCAGUUGAAAUUUCGCGGAUGGACUAUGAGCCAUCUGAAUUGGAUAUCCUAUACGCAGACGGCGUAACGUCUUCAAAUGGAGUUGCAUCCAUGGAGUUUUCUCUUCCAAAAUCGUCUCAGGAUGGCUACAUGGAAACUCUUGAUCAUAAUGAGCCACCGUUGAGCUGUGAGCUCAUCAGAGUUCAUGCAAACAGCCUUGGAGUGAACUGCAAGUGGCUGGAGAUGUUUGAAGAUUCUGACCUCGUCCUAUUCUGCAUUUCCCUCACAGAAUACGCUGAGUACCACGAAGACAUUAACGGGACGCGAUCAAACAAGCUGUUGGAGACCAAGCGACUCUUUGAGAGGAUCAUCACUCAUCCCACCCUUGCUGACAAACAAUUCCUUCUCAUCCUCAACAAGUUCGACCUGCUGGAUGAAAUGAUCUAUGAAACUCCCCUAUCACAGUGUGAGUGGUUCCAAGAUUUCAACCCGGUGAUGAGCAAACACCCUCACAAUCCCAACAGCAACAACAAUCCCUCGUUGGCACAGCGCGCCUCCCACUAUGUUGGUGUGAAGUUCAAGAGGCUGUUUUAUUCCCUGACCGGGCGAAAGCUGUUUGUGGUACAAGCAACGGGGCUGGAGGCAGAUAGCGUCGACAAAGCCCUAAGGUAUGGCAAGGAGAUCCUCAAGUGGGAAGAUGAGAGACAUACUGUAAGCAUGAAUCAAGAUUCUAGUGAGAGCUUUGAUCCAAGUUCCUCUGCUUACACCUCUUGAAGCCCUUUUCGAGUUUUGAUGCAAUCCGAGAGAGAGAAUGUAUAUAGAUUCAAGUUUUUUUGUGUGUAAUAAACUGGCAAAUGUGUCAAAAGUAGAGUAAGUGUAAGAGAAGUAUGUAUCCACAUUUGGACCAAAGGAAAAUUCUUUCAUUCAAUAUAGAGUACACAUGAAUACAGGUA